GAUCCUCAAAAUGACUGUUCGCCGUCGUGCCACUCCGUCCAUCUCUCCUGACCACAAUAUUCCACCGACCAAACAACUUCGACAUAUAUUUGCUCCAGCAUGCUCACAGCCUGAUUGCAUGUGAGCGUCUGACAUGUUAUCACUGACGCUGGCAUGGUCCUUAAUAUUCCAGCUGUUUUUCGGGCUCUGAUAUCAUCAUCUUCCAAACAAAACCCAAGCAGGCAUCUACGUCACAGGUUCUCGCAAUGGAGAGCUGCUAACUCGACCUACGGUAUAUCCACUCCGUCGCCUGCGAAGUCAGAAGACUCUCUCGCCAAAUGUCCCUUUGUAUUCGACACAGGCUACGCUCUAUCUCCGAAGCGGCCGUCCCGGCCUUUCCCUCCGCCUUUCAUAUCGCCGCCGUCUUCGUCGUUCUCCGAUCCUUUGACGACGCAUCAUCGGAGCCAAGAUGCGAGACCAUCGGUCAACGGAGAGAUUAUCAGGGGGUUGACAAAUGGCGAUGAUGCGAUCCUUGUUUCUCAGCAUUUUCUUGGAGUAAAUGAUGGAGUUGGCGCUUGGGCAACGAAACCCCAUGGCCAUGCGGCGUUAUGGUCUCGAUUGAUCCUCCAUUUCUGGGCUCUGGAAGUAGAGCGCAAUGUCAACUCAACGCAUCCCGAUCCCGUGGAAUUCCUGCAGAGAGCUUAUGAGCAGACAGUUCUUGCUACGUCGUCACCGAAUGAGUGGUUCGGAACUACUACAAGCGCUACCGCUCUCUUACAUUACAAAAACAACGCAGGCUCGGUGACGCCACUGCUUUAUGUAACGAACAUUGGAGACUGUCAGAUUCUUGUGCUACGCCCUAAAGAGGAAAAGGUGGUCUUUAGGACCCAUGGCCAGUGGCAUUGGUUUGAUUGCCCCAUGCAGCUCGGCACCAACAGCGUUGACAGACCACGAGAUGACGCUACGUUGUCUGUAGUUGACCUCGAAGAAGAUGAUAUCGUUGUUGCCUUAUCCGAUGGUGUCACGGAUAACCUCUGGGAGCAAGACGUUUUGGACGUGAUAUUAUUAAGCUUGAAGCACUGGGAAAGUGGCAAGGUGGAGAACGAUGUCGGAGACCGUACCGCUGGCAAAGGCGGCGGAAUGGUGUAUAUUGCGCAGCAACUGUUGCAAACAGCGAGAUCCAUCGCGCAGGAUCCAUCAGCGCAAACUCCAUACAUGGAGAAGGCAAUUGAUGCUGGAUUGGCCAUUUCAGGAGGCAAAAUGGAUGAUAUCAGUGUGGUUGUUGGCCUCUGCGGAAGGAAGCCAACGUGAUAUAAACCUUCCGCGCUUCCCCUACCUAGAAGCAAGCGCGUAGGCUUAGCUCUCAAGAUAAACCGCUUAAAAUUCGACUUUUUAAGCGCCUUCGUGACAAUGAGGACAAACAACCCUAGAGCUUCAACGAGCAUCCCAACAGGUUCUCGCUAUUUGCUUUUCGGAGCUUUUUGCUUGGGUGCAGGUUGAAACACCUCCCCUCCCUAAUGCGAGAUCGGAAAUAGAAUUUUGUGUUUUGCAGCGAUGCAUUUGCUAAGGUGUUUCUCCAAUAGCGUAACGGCACUUUAUGGAGUAUGGUUACUUUUUCCCAUGGAACCCUUUUUUUGUUGAUGUCCGAUUUCGAACACAGUGCCGUCAGAUGUCGCCUUUCGUCCAGCUGCCGGUCACAUUGCUCUUUGCUCGAUUCGGCUUUCGGUGUUUGACGGCCUGAUAUCCCAUUCAAGUGGCCACCGAAACUAGCCCGGAUCAUAAUUAAUAAGCCCCAAGAUAGAAUUUUGAAGAAAUAGUUAUAGUAUCUUAAAGAUCUAAUAUAGUAAUCGAAGUUUAAGAAUCUA